UUGCUUCAAACUGUUCUUUCUUCUUAACUAUCCAAAGCUUUUCCUCUUCUUCUCUUCAUUUCCAUCAUCAUUUUGAUCUAGAGAGAGCACCCAAUAACAUACUAUCAGUAGUUUUCUUUUCUGUGAGGUUGCAACCAUAUCGAUGGCUUGUCUAAAUUAUAUUUGCAAAGAGGUGAGUGAUGAAAAAAAGAUGACAAAGGAAGAAGAGGAUUACACCUUAGAUGGAACUGUGGACCGACAUGGUCAACCUGCUAUUCGGUCCAAAACUGGAACUUGGUUUUCUGGGAUUUUACUACUUGUGAAUCAAGGGCUGGCAACAUUGGCAUUCUUUGGGGUAGGUGUCAACUUAGUGUUGUUCUUGACCAGGGUGCUCGGCCAAGACAACGCCGAGGCCGCAAACAGCGUCAGCAAAUGGACUGGAACCGUCUACAUUUUCUCUUUACUCGGUGCCUUCCUUAGUGAUUCUUAUUGGGGAAGGUACAAAACUUGUGCCAUUUUCCAAGCCAUCUUUGUUGUUGGUUUGGUGUUGCUAUCAAUUUCGAGCUCGGCAUUUUUGCUCUAUCCCAAAGGUUGUGGUGAUGAAGAAACACCAUGUGGAACUCACUCCACUUUCCACAUUGUGUUCUUUUAUUUAGCCAUAUAUAUGGUAGCCCUUGGAAAUGGUGGUUACCAACCUACGAUUGCUACAUUUGGGGCUGAUCAAUUUGAUGAGGAAGAUCCUAAAGAAGGGCACUCCAAAAUUGCCUUCUUUAGCUUCUUUUAUUUGGCUUUGAACCUUGGGUCACUCUUUUCCAAUACUAUAUUGGGUUAUUUUGAGGAUCAAGGAAUGUGGACGCUUGGAUUUUGGGCAUCAGCUGGCUCUGCUUUUGUGGCAUUGGUCUUGUUUUUGAUUGGGACACCAAGGUACAGGCAUUUCAAGCCUCAGGGCAACCCUCUUUCGAGGUUUUGUCAAGUGUUGGUUGCUGCGAUAAGAAAAUGGAAGGUUGGGAUAAUGCCUGGAGAUGACCAUUUGUUCGAAACAGACAAGAACGAAUCCGCUAUUAAGGGUGAUAGAAGGAUACUCCACACGGAAGGGUUCCGAUUUUUGGACAGAGCUGCGAUUAUGACACCAAAUGAUUAUGCUACCGACGAAGAAAAAAACACAAGGGGUCGGAAUCCGUGGCGUCUAUGCACCAUAACACAAGUUGAGGAAGUGAAAUGCAUAUUGAGAUUGCUCCCAAUUUGGCUAUGCACCAUACUUUACUCUGUUGUGUUCACUCAAAUGGCAUCUCUCUUCGUAGAACAAGGAGACGCCAUGAAAACGACCGUCUCAAACUUCGACAUCCCAGCGGCAAGCAUGUCUAGCUUCGACAUACUCAGCGUAGCGACGUUCAUAUUCAUUUACCGACGAAUCCUUGACCCCAUCAUUGCUAGAAUAAAAACAAACCCUAAGGGCCUCACCGAGCUUCAAAGAAUGGGGAUCGGUCUCGUUAUAGCUAUACUAGCCAUGGUGGCAGCAGGAGUUGUCGAGGUUUUCCGAUUGAAAUACGCGAACAAAGAUUGCCCAAACUGCAACAACGCGAGCUCGUUGAGUAUAUUUUGGCAAAUCCCUCAAUACAUGCUCAUAGGAGCAUCAGAAGUAUUCAUGUAUGUUGGUCAAUUAGAGUUCUUUAAUGGACAAGCACCUGAUGGGUUAAAGAGCUUUGGUAGUGCACUUUGCAUGACAUCCAUAUCAUUGGGAAAUUAUGUGAGUAGCUUGUUAGUGACCAUGGUUAUGAAAAUUUCUACAAGAGAUAAUAUGCCUGGAUGGAUCCCUGGUAACCUCAACAAAGGCCGUUUGGACCUGUUUUAUUUCUUACUGGCGGCCUUGACGACGGCUGAUCUCAUGAUCUACAUAAUCUGUGCCAAGUGGUAUAAGUGUAUCAAGUUCGAUGGAAGGACUAAUGGAGAUGAUGAUGAUAAUAAAAAGUCUCGACCUGUGACAGUGGCAGCACAAGCAGAGUUUAGAGUGUAAGAUUGUAUCACCGAAAACGCCAUUGCCAAUGGUGUGAAUGUGAGAUAAAUAAAGAAAGAAACCAAGGGGCGCUUCAGCAAUGAAACUAGGAAGAGAAAUUAAUGCCAUAGGAUUGAUGGCAGUUUUCGUCUUUUGUCUAUGUGGAGCUAAGCACUGAGGUGUUGAUUAAAAAUUAGUCAAUUAAUUAAAGAAAAUUAAGUUCAUUUA